UGCUGGGAAACAAGACGUGAUAUUGAUGGGCAUUGACUGCUGGUGUAUUUCACUCUGCAAUUAUUCUUGCACGAUUUUGUACCGCGUGCUUCUACAAAAGAAACACUUGCAGAAGAUUACUUCGCAAUCCAGCAACAGAGAGGCCCGUUACGACUGCCCGCAUGGUUCGGCUGCUUGCUUUUUGCCCCAAGAAAGCCGCCACAAAAAUAGCGCCCCCUGCUCCUCAGGAAAAUGCACACGGAGCAAACCCCUCAGUUCUGCUCUCCGAGACGGGCACAGAAGAGCGGGAAAUGCCUUUCGCCCCCGCCGGUGGAUCUGACAGGAAGGUGGCCCGUCCAGCCGCUCGGCCCCUGCUCUACGGAACAGCCGCCCCGCUCGCUGCCCUGUCCGGGAGCGCCGUCCUCGUGAGUCCUCCCGCCACUUCUUCCUCCCUUCCGUCGCUCCCGAGGCCUGUCUCCCCCUCCUUUAGCGCCUCUCUUCCCCGCCCACGCGGCGGGGAAAGACCCUAGCGGGCGGCUCCCCCUCCACCCGCUGCAGUAGCCUUCGCCAGGGCUCCAAGGGUGCCGCCGCUGCUGCCGCCACCGCCCUCUCCCUCAAGAGUCAACUGAGGGCGGCGGACCCUGGUGGGGCUGCCCCUUUGGACGGCCGUCCCUCUGCGCGUGCUUGAGAUUCUGGGAUUCUUCACUUUGGACAUCUUCGCGUUAGCGGCUGCAGAGCGCGAGCCUGGCGAGCGAGAGGCUUGGCGAGCCGUGGCGCACUCGCGUGAGAAGCAAAGCAACAUGAUGGCCUUAGUUCUGCUAGUUUCCACUCUUGCCUUCAGCCUCACAAGUGGAAUAAAUCUACAAGAUUUUAGCUGGCAGUUAAAAAAAAUACCACGGAUUGUGAAGGAAAAGACUUUCUUCCUUGGCACUCCUAAAUUUGAAGGCAGUGCCAAAUUAGAACUGAGUGGCGUAUGUGGGAUUGAGUGCCAAAGGACACUGCCAGUGCCACGUUGGUCUGAUCUGAAGGAGCUGCUUUCCUAUGAGACAGUCUUUGAGAAUGGCACGAGGACCCUGACUGAAGUGGAGGUCCUGGGGGUGGAGCCUGACCCAGGUGUAAACACUACUAAUCAGGUGCUAACAAGAAGGAAGAGACAGGUCUAUGGCACAGACAGCAGAUUCAGCAUUUCAGACACUCGAUUUCUGACCAACUUUCCUUUUAACACAGCUGUGAAGAUCUCAACAGGCUGCAGUGGCAUUCUUAUUUCCCCAAAGCAUGUACUCACUGCUGCCCACUGUGUGCAUGAUGGUGAAGAUUACAUUAAAGGUAGUAAGAAACUGAGAGUGGGGCUGCUGAAGCUGAAAUCCAAAGGCAGCGGCAAGAGACGCAGGGGAGCCAAGAGGAGUAAGAGGGAGGUGCCAGAAGUCAAGGACGGUGAGACUGACUCCAAACUGCAGAAAAGGGGAUCUGGCAGUAGAGCUGGCAGAAAACAAAAGACAUCUGUGUUGAAUGAGAGGAAGUCGGAGCGUAAGCCCUCCUUCCAAUGGACCAGAGUUAAAAGUACUCAGAUCCCCAAAGGCUGGAAAAGAGAUGUGACAGGAGAUGUCGCAGUUGAUUAUGACUAUGCAGUUUUGGAACUCAAGCGUCCCCACAAGAAGAAAUACAUGGAUCUUGGCAUCAGCCCAAAUAGCAAGAUGAUUCCUGGAAGUAUGAUCCACUUUUCUGGAUAUGAUGCGGACCGAGCUGGCCAACUGGUUUAUCGUUUUUGUAGCAUAUCUGAUGAAUCCAACGAUCUCUUCUACCAGUAUUGUGAUGCUGAGCCUGGUUCCACUGGUUCAGGAAUCUACCUCCGCCUUAAAGAACCAACCAAGAAGAAAUGGAAACGCAAAAUUAUUGCUAUUUAUUCUGGUCAUCAGUGGGUGGAUGUUAAUGGAGAACAGCAGGAUUACAACGUUGCAGUUCGAAUUACACCCCUCAAAUAUGCUCAGAUUUGCCUCUGGAUAGGGAACAGUGGCGAUUGUGCACAGGGCUAAUGACAUAUAAUACAAGAUCACCUAGUAUCUAAUAGGGCUAGGCAAUGAAAGUCAUACGUUGACUUGGUUUGGUUUUAUUUGAACUUGACACCAGAAAUUAGCCUUUUUAUAUUGAGAAACAAAAAAUUUACCCAGCAUUUACUAGAAUUUUUCUACUAGGUUAAUUAAAUUAACCAUAGAUACAAGGUGCACUUAAAUGCCAGG